UGUGCAGCGACGAGGGGGGAGCGCUUUGUUCGGGGAAGUUGCGGCGGCGGGGCGGGAAGCGAAGCGGCAGGGGGUCUGUGUGGGGUGCUUGUGUCCGCUCGGGGCGCGCUCCUAGCGCGGGGCUGCACGCGCCCGCCCGCGGGAAGUCCGUCGGCAGCAGGCGGGGUACAGGCGGGCACCGCUGGGCCAGAGCUGCGAAGCCAGGAGAUGGCUACAAAGCAGCGGGGCAGGCAGCCCCGGAGUCUCCGGGUCCUCGCUCCGCUGGUGCCGAGGGAGCCAGUGAAGGGGAGAGGAAGGGAAGGUCCCCCAGGCCGGAAGCGAAGGAAGGGCCUGGAGAGGGAAGGGAAAGGCCCGGGUGGGCUGACCUCCCUCUCCGUCACUCCCCAGCGGUCCCCACCCAGCCCGCAACAGGUGAGGCCUGAGCAGCGUGACAGGGUGCCCCAGAGCUGGGGAGACCGGCCGCAGGAGGAGCUGCGGACCACGAGCCCUCCUCCUCAGGCUGUGUCGGCGCCAGUGCCAGUAUCAAACACACCACCAGCACUACACUUGGUCCCAGAGGACAACAUUGAGGCCUGCCUGACUUCCUUUGAGCUAGUAGCUGAAGCCUGCCGGUGGCCCAAAGGCGAGUGGGUGACCCGACUAAUACCCUCCCUUAAUGGAGAAGCCCAGCAGGCUGUGAGCAGCCUGGAUGCCACGGACAUGGGGGACUAUAAGAAGGUGAAGGCAGCCAUCCUCCAAGAGCGCGGCAUCAGCACAAACAUGCAGCGCUUGCGCUUCCGGCAGUUUCGUUACCAUGAGGCCGAGGGGCCCCGUGAGGCUUACUGCCGGCUCUGGGAGCUCUCCCAUCAAUGGCUGAAGCCUGAGGUCCGCACCAAGGAGCAGAUCAUGGAGCUGCUGAUCCUGGAGCAGUUCCUCAUUAUUCUGCCGGAGGAAAUCCAGACCUGGGUUUCUGAGCGUUGCCCUGAGACCUGUGCCCAAGCAGUGUCCCUGGCAGAAGAUUUCCAGGUCACAGUGCAUGUGAAGGUUGAGGAAGUGACAGAGGAAAUGGAGACCUGUAAGACAUGGGAAUCUCAGACACUCCAGAUGGAGCAGCCACAACCCAAUCUCAGGUGGACGUCCCAGGAGGAGACAGGAUUGAGGAAGUGUGAACAACCUUGUAAACUUGGAAAAAGGCCACACAUUCUACAAGAAAUAUGUGCUGAAAUCCUGAGCAGACCUGAGAAGCAGCCUCAUGAGGAAGGACCUCCAAUCUUGCAACCACCCAGCACAUCUCUAGCGGAACUGGAACAUAGUGUUAACCCAAAACUGGGUUGGGAAGAAGCCUGCAAAAGGCAAAAAGAACCCCAAACAGGGAAUGAGGCAGACCCCCUGGUGGAAUGUGAGAGUGUACUCAAGAAAUUAACACAGCACCCUGUGCUGGGGAGACCCCAGAUAACAGGAAAACUGAAAAGCCAUGAGGGAGGUGUUCACAGGUUGGAGAAACCCCACAGGUGCAGGGACUGUGGGGAAAGCUUUCUGGAGAAGCAGGAACUCGUGGCUCAUGGCAGAGUCCAUGAGAAGGACAGACCUUACCCAUGCACUGAGUGUGGGAAGAGCUUUAAUAGGCUCACACACCUCAAGACCCACCAUCGGACCCACACUGGGGAGAAACCCUACUCCUGCAGUGAGUGUGGGAAGUGCUUUGGCCACCUUUCUACACUCAUUACCCACCAGAGACUCCACACAGGAGAGAGACCCUACCCCUGCAGGGAGUGUGGGAAAACCUUCACAAAUCCCUCAGAUCUGAACAAACACCAGCGCUCCCACACGGGUGAACGACCCUACCCCUGCACUGCCUGCGGGAAGCGCUUCAGCCAGCUCUCUAACCUGACCGUGCACCAGAGAACGCAUACAGAGGACAAGCCCUAUCCUUGCGCUGCCUGCGGCAAGAGCUUCAAGUACCUGGCCUACCUUGCUAUUCAUGAGCGCUCCCACACCGGGGAGCGGCCUUUCCCCUGCCCAGAGUGUGGGAAGGGCUUCAGCAACAAGUCAUCUCUUGCCCGGCAUCUGAGAAUCCAUGUCAGAGCCACAGCCACAGACAAAUAUCAUUACCCUGUGCUGCCAACACAAGAGGAAAUGGAAAUAAUGGAUUCAGCUGAACUAGAACCAGGGAAGGAAUUGGAACAAGCAGCCAAAGAUCCUGUUGUAGCAGCAUCCAUCUCACUCACUCCCCGAUGGUCCCGGACGAGACUCCACCAGGUCAGGACUGAACUGCAACAGGAAGGGGUGUCCCAGCAUUUGGGAGCCCAGAAGGUGCUACGAACUCCUGCUACUCCAGAUCCUGCUGGGGAAAAUCCACUACUGCCAGAGCUUGCACCUGAGGAUGACAUCGAGGUUUAUCUGGCCUCCUUUGAGCAAGUGGCUGAAGCCUACAAGUGGCCCAGAAGAGAGUGGGUAGCCCGACUCAUGCCAGCUCUCACAGGAAAAGCCCAACAGGCCGUGAGCAGUCUGAAUGCCAGAGAUGCUCGAGAUUAUGGCAAGGUGAGGGCAGCCAUCCUGCGAGGGUGCAACAUCAGCACAGAGAUGCAACGUUUGCGCUUCCGGCAGUUCCGCUACCAAGAUGCCAAAGGGCCCCGAGAAGUUUACUGCCACCUGCGGGAGCUCUCCCAUCGGUGGCUGAAGCCAGAGAUCCGCACCAAGGAGCAGAUCAUGGAGCUGCUGAUCUUGGAACAAUUUCUGACCAUCCUACCAGAGGAAAUCCAGAGCUGGAUCUGGGUGCGUCACCCAGAGACCUGCGCACAGGCAGUGUCCCUGGCCGAGAAUUUCCAGCUGGGACAGCGAGAGGUGGGGAUGUGGGAGCAGCAGGUCACUGUGCGUGUGAAGGUUGAGGAAGUGACUCCAGAGGAGUUGGAGACCCCUGAAGCAUUAUGGGAAUCUCAGAGUCCCCAGUUCACUCCUGAAGGUGAAUCUCAGGAUGAGGAAGGACAAAGCAAGUACAGGUUGUCCUGUGCUCCAGCAGAUGAGACCCAAACUCUACAGGAAACUGCAGGUUCUGGGAUCCUGAGCAGUGCUGAAGAGCAGGCCAGUUGGCAAAGGCAAGAAAAUCUGGAUCUUCCCAGAACAAUACAUGGUGGAAUGGGAGAGAAUGUUAUCCCAGGACCUGAACCAGGAGAACACAAGAGACAGAAGGGAUUUCCAGCAAAGAAUGAAGAUCUCCCAAGGACAUUUCCACAGCUCCCAGCUCAAGAAACACCAGGGACUGUAAGGGACCUUAAAAGCCAUGAGGGUGGUGUUCACAGGACAGAGAAACCACAUAGAUGCAGGGACUGUGGGGAAAGGUUCUGGGAGAAGCAGGAACUUGUGACUCAUGGCAGACUCCAUGAGAAGGACAGACCCUACCCAUGUGUUGAAUGUGGUAAGAGCUUCAACAGGCUCACGCACCUCAAGACACACCAGCGGACCCACACUGGUGUGAAACCCUACUCCUGCAGUGAGUGUGGUAAAAGGUUUGGCCACCUCUCAACACUGACCACGCAUCAACGACUCCACACGGGGGAGAGACCCUACUCCUGCAGGGAGUGCGGGAAAACCUUCACAAACCCCUCAGAUCUCAACAAGCACCAGCGCUCCCACACAGGUGAACGGCCCUAUCCAUGCGCUGCUUGUGGGAAGCGCUUCAGCCAGCAAUCCAACCUGACCAUGCACCAACGAUCCCACACAGAAGAGCGCCCAUAUCCUUGCACUGCCUGUGGGAAGAGCUUCAAGUACCUGGCCGAUCUCACUGUGCAUGAGCGCUCCCACACCGGGGAGCGGCCCUUCCCCUGCCCAGAGUGUGGGAAGGGCUUCAGCAACAAGUCAUCUCUUGCCCGGCACUUGAGAAUCCAUGCCAGGGCUGCAGCCAGAAACAAGUGAGACCCUCCCAACCACACCCUGGCCCUGGUUGUAUGUAUAUAACCAUUGGAAGCAGAGUGCCUGAGGUAAAUCAGCACCCCCAUGUACCUGAGUCGUUAUGGGGUUUCCUCACAAACUCUGUUGGGGAUCCAACCUCAAGAGAACAAAGAGAGGCUUCUUCCUCUCAUUCUUCUAAGGAGUCCUAGUACCUGAAACUCCACCUCUAACUGGUCCCUUACCUGCUUUAAUUAAUGAUGCGGCAGCCUCUCUCUCCUUUGCAGCCACAUGAACUUCAAUCUGCUUGCUCUGGUUCCCUGCAGCCCUCUCUGGCAAUGCUCAAGACUAGGGCUCCCUGCAUUUCUACUGCUUCUGAAUAUGGAACAUUUCUUUGACCAUGUGUUUGCCAUAAGCCUGAGAGUGCUUGCGCUACAGGCAAUACCACAAAGCCAGGGAGAAAGAUUCCUUCCACAGACUGGGAUGCUUCAGGACUUACCAGUACCAAGGGGAGAAAGUGUGAAAGAAAUCCUCAAAACUUACUGCUAAGGUCACUCCCUAAGAGACAGCCCACAGAGGCUCCAGGGACCAUAGCUCAAAGGGAACAUCCUUGGCCACAUCUAGGUCCCUGUCCUGCCACCAACUGGCUCUGCCUCAGUGAUCCAGCAGAGUCUUCAUCUUCACAGCUCCAGCCAUCACUUUCACAGCCCUUUGACAUCACUUCUCAGCUGUUGCCUGUGUAACCAUAGUCACAGUUUGCCACAUUGACUCUCUCUUUUCCACUC